CUCGGUUCAGUGCAUAACGAUCAAUGUCUGAAACCAGAGAUAAAGUCGCAGCACCUACACAGCCGGAGGCUGCAGUGACAACAACGGACGGGAUGAAUUUAAUCCAGAAAAUUGCAUAUUAUGCACCAAAACCAAAGGAAAUAGUUCCCAAUCUUUUGAUAUCUUUUCAGCAAGCAUCAGAAGAGAUGGCACAAAUUCCAACAGGAGUGGAUAAAAUUAUGAGAAUUGCUGAAGAGGCCAUAGUGAAGUCAGACAAAGAGAUUAGCCUGAGGAUACUAGUCACUGGGAAGACAGGUCAAGGAAAGUCCACUCUUAUCAAUGGUCUACUGGGGGGCUAGAGUAGCAAAAGAAGGAGCUGGUGCUGCCAGAUGUACUACUGAAGUUGAAGUGUUCGAGAAAAAUAUCAAAGGCAUACCAGUUGUGGUUUUUGAUUCUCCUGGUCUGCAAGAUAACACAUCAAAUGAA